UAAAAAAGAAUAAAAAGACAGAAAUAGUAAAAUGCAGAGAGUGAAAACUGCAAUCGCAUCUAUUUCACACUGAAAAGUGAAAACCACACGGACUGAGAAAGAGUAAUCCCUCCAGUCUCCAAAUCAGCUCCAACCGCGACUUCCAACCUACCCAAUUCCUCCUUCCAAACUCCAAAAUGGGGGUCAGCAACAACAUCACCGCCUUCCUCAACUUCAUCGCCUUCCUUGCCUCCAUCCCCAUCAUCGCCGCCGGCAUUUGGCUCGCCCAGAACCCCGACAACGAGUGCAUCCGCAACUUCCGCUGGCCCGUCGUCAUCCUCGGCUUCCUCAUCCUCCUCGUUUCCCUCGCCGGCUUCGUCGGCGCUUACUGGAACAAGCAGGGCCUCCUCGCUCUUUACCUCUUCUCCAUGGCCCUCCUCAUCGCCGUCCUUCUCAUCCUCCUUAUUUUCGCCUUCGUCGUCACCCGCCCCGACGGAACCUACCGCGUUCCCGGCAGGGCCUACGAUGAAUCCCGCCUCGACGGCUUCUCCGCCUGGUUGAGGAACCACAUCACCGGUUCUGGGAGCUGGGCCAAGAUCAGAUCUUGUUUGGCCGAUUCUGAUAUCUGCAUUAAGCUCGCCCAGGAGUAUAUCACCGCCGACCAGUUCUUCAAUUCCCAUCUCUCUCCUUUACAGUCAGGGUGCUGCAAACCUCCAACGGUGUGCGGGUACAGUUACAUGAACCCAAUAAUGUGGACGAACCCGGCGAAUCCGACGGCGGACCCUGACUGCUACGUGUGGAGCAACGAUCAGAACGUGCUAUGCUACAACUGCAACGCGUGCAAGGCGGGGCUGCUGGGAAACCUCAGGAAAGAGUGGAGGAAGGCGAACAUAAUACUGAUAGUGGCGGUGGUGGUGCUGAUAUGGGUGUAUCUGAUAGCGUGCAGCGCCUUCAAGAACGCCCAGACAGAGGGCAUCUUCAACCGCUACAAACAGGGCUGGGUUUGAGCUUUACAUGUACAUUCUCUUUCUCUUCUGCUUCCUGCUUAUCACAUCCGUGUAUUAAUUUCCCACUUUCACUUGUGAUUCCAUCUUUAAACAUUAUUUGCUACUUCAUAACUUCUGCCAUCUUGUGUAUGAGAACAAGAUAGUGUAGAGUGCAAAUAAUUAAUUUAUGGAGGGCACGUGGGUGGGGCGGCAGUUGGGGGACCAAAUGAGCGCCGACCCCACCGACCGCCAUCCAAGUAAAGUGAUGCUUCAGCUUCAA